UAAAAAAAAACCAAUCUCGUGAGAGAGAUGACUCAGAGGAAGAAGAGCAGGAAGUGAGAAAGAAAGGAGAGCUUUGAUAGUUUAACGAAGGAUGUUAACUUCAAUGCCUCAUCAUCAUAACCUAACCCUCCUCGGCUUCUCUCCUCUAAAGUCCUCUCCUUUCGCUCUCUUCCUCCGACCCUUUUCUCUCUACCCAAUCCUCGCCUCUUCUCCUCCUCCUCCCUCUUCUCGCCGUCCUCCUCGCACCGCCGGUUACCGCCGCGGCGAACCUUCUCCUCCUCCUUCUCGCUUCCCUCCGCGACGCAAGUGGAGCAGCUUCGAGGAGGAGAAGAGUAGUAGUAGGCAGAGGAAAGGCAUGUCUUCCUCUUCAGAUUCCUUCGAGUUUAACAAGAGGAGAGCUGAGGGAAAGGAUAAGAUCGAUAAGCCUAAGAAGAGUCUUAGGCGAAACACUCGCACGCUUAAUCCUACCAACACCAUUGCCUAUGUCCAGAUACUUGGGACGGGGAUGGAUACGCAGGACACGUCACCUUCUGUGUUACUCUUCUUUGACAAACAAAGGUUCAUCUUUAAUGCUGGAGAGGGUUUGCAACGUUUCUGUACUGAACAUAAAAUUAAGUUAUCAAAGGUGGAUCAUAUAUUUUUGUCACGUGUGUGUUCAGAGACAGCAGGUGGACUUCCAGGUCUUCUACUGACUCUAGCUGGUAUCGGUGAAGAUGGACUAUCCGUGAACGUGUGGGGUCCUUCGGAUCUCAAGUACUUAGUUGAUGCUAUGAGAUCAUUCAUCCCUCGUGCCGCAAUGGUUCACACGCGGAGUUUCGGUCCAUCUGAUGAGAUUGGCUCAAGCAAAGCCAAAGACGAUCCCUUCGUUCUUGUGGAUGACGAAGUUGUGAAAAUCUCCGCUAUUCUCCUUGAACCACCAAGCCGUCCUUCAGAGGAGUCAGGAAGCAAACCUGGCGAGACGUCGGUUGUGUAUGUAUGCGAGUUACCUGAAAUCAACGGAAAAUUUGACCCGGCGAAGGCCAUGGCUCUUGGUCUUAGAGCUGGUCCUAAAUACGGUAAACUCCAGUCUGGACAGUCUGUGAAGUCGGAUUUCAAAGAUAUCACGGUUCAUCCGAGCGAUGUGAUGGGACCUUCGGUUCCUGGUCCUGUUGUCUUGCUUGUGGACUGUCCAACAGAGUCACACGCCGAGGAACUGCUGUCUAUUCCAUCUCUGAACCGUUAUUACUCAACGGAUGACGGGGAUAAUAAGUUUGUUAAUUGUAUUAUACAUUUGAGUCCAGCUUCUGUGACGAACAGUCCGAGUUACCAGAGCUGGAUGAAGAGAUUCCAUUCUGCGCAGCACAUUCUUGCUGGACAUGAAACGAAGAAUAUGGAGUUUCCCAUCCUGAAGGCUAGUUCUAGAAUCACAGCUAGACUUAACUAUCUGUGCCCUCAGUUCUUUCCAGCUCCUGGCUUUUGGUCUCCUCAGCAUCCAACUGACUUGACAAGUCCAGAUUCUUUUAGCAAGUGCUUUGGUUCAAGUCUUGGUGAAAACGUUUCCGCGGAAAAUCUCCUCAAGUUCACUUUGCGUCCACAUGGUAACCUAGGGAUAGACAGAUCUUGUAUCCCUAGUCAACUCACGUCCACACGAGUGAUAGACGAGCUACUCUCAGAGAUUCCCGAGAUCACCUCCAAGACCGAAGAAGUCAAGCGGUUAUGGAACGGACCACACAACAACAACAACAACAAGAUGAUGGUCGAAGAACCGUGGCUGAACGAGAGCACCGUCCCAAGCUGUCUCGAAAACAUCAAACGAGACGACAUGGAGAUAGUUCUUCUAGGCACCGGUUCGUCCCAACCUUCAAGAUACAGAAACGUCAGCGCGGUUUACAUCGACCUCUUCUCUAGAGGUAGCCUCCUCUUGGACUGCGGGGAAGGUACUUUGGGCCAGCUUAAACGAAGAUACGGUUUACGAGGAGCCGAUGAAGCGGUUAGAAACUUGAGGUGUAUAUGGAUCUCACACAUCCACGCUGAUCACCAUACUGGACUCGCUAGAAUCCUCGCUCGUAGACGUGAGCUUUUGAAAGAAGAGGCUCAUGAGCCGGUGAUCGUGGUUGGACCGAGACCGCUUAAGAGCUUCCUCGACGCGUAUCAGAGACUGGAGGAUUUGGAUAUGGAGUUUCUUGAUUGCAGGAACACCACUUCGACUUCUUGGGCUUCUCUAGAAACCAUCACCACCAGCCCGGAGAAAAAAACAGAAGGUUCUUUGUUUAGCAAAGGGAGUCCAAUGCAGAGUAUAUACAAAAGACCGAGUAGCCCUUUAAACGACAGUGCUUCAGCUUUACCUUAUUUAAAGAAACUGAAGAAGGUUCUUGGAGAAAUGGGGUUGGAGGAGUUGAUAAGUUUUCCCGUUGUGCACUGCCCUCAAGCUUUUGGGGUUGUUUUGAAAGCGGCGGAGAGAGAAAACAUGGCGGGAGAUAAGAUUCCGGGGUGGAAUACGGUUUACUCAGGCGACACGAGGCCUUGUCCUCAGAUGGUUGAAGCUUCUAAAGGAGCGACUGUUCUUAUACACGAGGCUACGUUCGAGGAUGCCUUGGUGGAGGAAGCGGUUGCAAAGAACCAUAGCACGACUAAAGAAGCGAUCGACGUUGGAUCGUCGGCGGGAGCGUACAGGAUCGUGCUGACGCAUUUUAGCCAGAGGUAUCCGAAGAUUCCGGUGAUCGACGAGUCUGACAUGCACAACACGUGCGUUGGUUUCGAUAUGAUGAGUAUCAACAUGGCGGAUUUGCAUGUGCUUCCCAAGAUUGUUCCUUACUUUAAAAACCUGUUCAGAAACGUGGUGGUCGAUGAUGAUGAUGGUGAUGAAGGUGAAUGUGAAGAAGAAGAGAGUGAUGGUGGUGCUGAUGGUUUGAUGAUGAUGAGUGGCAACAAAGUCUCGAGAUUUUUCCGCAAUUAGUGUACUUUAGAGUGUUAUGUGUUUAUUUAGUUUUUGGUGUUGCUCUGUUUUUUCUUCUCUUCUACAUCUGUUAUUUUUGAUAUUUUAUUGAUUUUUCUUUUUUUGUAGCAGAAAUUAAUUUAUAGAAAUGUGAAUGUGAAAGCUUCUUUGUUUGA